UUUAUUCGAUGUAUUUGCUUGACCAAAUAUCCGCUUUGAUUCUCUGCUCUUUCUCAUUCACUAGGUUUUUCAUUUUCACCCACCCACACUGAGAAAUCCAAUCCAUAUUGCCAACCCUUUUUCCUAUUAUUUAUUUGGUUAUCCAUUGAUUGUUGUUGGUCAAGAGAUGAAGGUGGAUUCGGAUUGUUUCGGGGGUGGGAAGGCGUUUCCUCCCGGGUUCAGGUUCCAUCCCACUGAUGAGGAGCUCGUGCUUUACUAUCUGAAGCGGAAGAUCUGCUGUAAACGCCUCCAUCUCGAUGUAAUCGCUGAGACCGAUGUUUACAAGUGGGAUCCCGAGGAGUUGCCUGGGAUGUCAAAACUGAAAACUGGUGACAGACAAUGGUUCUUCUUUAGCCCUAGAGAUAGGAAAUACCCAAAUGGAGCAAGGUCCAACCGCGCGACGAGGCAUGGAUAUUGGAAAGCAACAGGGAAGGACCGUGUUAUCUCAUGUGGUUCUCGUCCUGUUGGGAUAAAGAAGACCCUGGUCUUCUAUAGAGGUCGAGCACCUAGCGGAGAGCGCACAGACUGGGUGAUGCAUGAAUAUACGAUGGAUGAAGAGGAGCUGAAAAGAUGUCACACUGCCAAGGAAUACUAUGCACUGUAUAAGGUCUACAAAAAGAGUGGACCUGGUCCAAAAAAUGGUGAGCAAUAUGGUGCCCCAUUCAGGGAGGAGGACUGGGCUGAUGAUGAACUUGGAGUUCAGUGCAUAAGUGAGCAGGAGAACCUGGGAAAGCCGGCUACUGAAAUUGUACCUACCAAUGUUACUAAAUCUGUUAAUUGUCAACCUCUGUCCUCACUGGAUGAUCUUGAGGAGAUCAUGAGCCGAAUUUUGGAUGAGCCCACACCUAUUCAACCACCAGUUGAUCAUGGCUAUGCUCUGGAUUCCUUCUCUGGUGAGGAGGAAACUCGCAGUACCCUAGUUAACCAUCCUUCUAGGGACAUGUCUUUACCAGUGGGCCAACCAUUUAGUCAGCAACCCAGUUUACCAAUUAGUUUUGAUCUUACAAAAUCAGACACCACUCAGUUACAGUUAUGCGAAGCACCUGAGGUCUCUUCUGCUCCAAUCAUUAAUGUACAAGACCCUCUUGACACUGAAGAGGAUUUCCUUGAAGAUUUUCUUGAAAUGAAUGAUCUAAUUGGUCCAGAUCCUACCACACAAAAUCCUGAUAAACCGUCAAAUGAUUUAGAGAGGCUGCAAUUCGAUGGAUUUGAUGCUUUAAAUGAGCUUGAUCUGUAUCAAGAUGCAUCUUCGUUCCUUUGUGAGGCGGGGCCUGUUGACUCUGGGCAGAUUUCUCAACCAUACAUGAAUAAUUUUGACAAUGGAGUUAUAAACCCAGUCUCAAGCUUGUACCUGAACCAUCUUGAGGAUGAUACAGCCACUCACCUGCUGCAGCAACAGUUUAACCACUCAGAUGGAAUCAACUAUCAGCUGUGGGCAGAUGACCAAAGUUGCAGUGCUUUAACUGCUGCAGAAGCAAAUCAGGGGUUCAUUACUUCAUCAUCAUCAGGUGGUUUACAUCAAAAUCCAAAUCCAAAUCAUGGAUUUGUUAAUUAUCCUGCCGGAGCAAAUCAAAAUGGAAGUGCCAAACAGGAUGAUGGUACAGACUCAUGGUUCUCCUCUGCUCUCUGGUCCUUUGUGGAGUCUAUACCAACAACUCCUGCUUCAGCUUCCGAAAGUGCUUUGGUUAAUAGGGCUUUUGAACGAAUGUCUAGCUUCAGUAGAAUAAGAAUAAAUGCCAGAAACAUGAAUGUUGCUGCAGGUAAUGCCUCUGCAACUUCAAGACAUUCAGGCAAAUCUAGAACUGGUUUUAUAUGUAUUUCUUUACUUGGAGUAUUGUGCGCUAUAUUAUGGGUGCUGAUUGGAUCCUUUGUCAAAUUGAUGAGUUAAUGUACUACUCACUAAUAGUAUGUAAAUGGAAAGUUUUGCUCGGUGACUUGCCGUAAAUUAGUGGAAAAGUAAAGCUUAUUCUCAAAAAGGGAGAGCCCGUUGAAUCUCAUGUAUGGUUGCUUCUAGAUAUCUGUAGCAUUGUGAAUGUUGUCAGCAAUUUAUAUUUCGCAUCUGUACACUUAUUUAGAGGCAAGUGAUCGGGGUUCUGUGAACUCUGUGGUUUUGUGUUU